AUGGAUGCGUCUACGCUUACUAAACAGACAGAAGAGGCUUGCCGCAAUGCUAUUGUGAGAAUUUUAGAGCAGUCUCAUAUAGCCUUUCCCGAAGAACCAGAUGCUGUUCAGGAUUUACUCACGGCCAUUGAACGUAAUAUAUCCAUUUUAGAAUAUAAUAUACUUCCCCAGUUGCCAGUAGACAGAAAUAAUGAAUUGAAAUAUCACAUCUUUAAACUUCGAGAGGAAUAUGGUGAUAUACGUGCAUUUUACAGAUCAAAAAAAGUUGACAACAAAGCCCAAUAUUUACACCAGCUGUACCUGAAAUCAUUUGACAAAGCAGAAUUACCAGAAUAUAACAGGAAAAAUGAGGGUGAGUCAGGAUGCACCACAGAGGAAAACGACCAGAAGGUUGACGAAAAUGAGGAACUACUGAACCUCACAGCACAGGAUAAGUUAUUACAACAAAAUAAUGUACUAACCAACAAACUACAAAAUGUAAACAAUCUAAUGAAGUCGACUUUACUUGCAGGUGAAAUAAACUUAUCCGAAUUAGAAUCUUCAACCAAUACGCUAUCUCAACUAUCGGAUAGUUAUGCAUUUUUUGGUGACGUUCUCAACAAAACUAAUUCUUUAGUGAAAUCAAUCAAUAAGGCCAGCAAGAGUGAAAGAGCAAUGAUAUAUAGGUCUCUUUAUUUUUUCACCGGUGUUUGCAUGUGGAUCCUUUGGCGACGAAUCUUUAAAAGGCCAGUGCUGUUGCUGUUGUGGCUAAUAAUCUCACCUAUUCGAAUGCUUCUUUUUUCGUCUAACGGUUCCAAUGCUUCUAUAGUAGUGGAAUCAUCUUCAGCUACAUUGUUAGCAUCAACUCAAUUCACUUCGCCGGUUAUUACUACCACUACCUCCUCUAUCAGCAAACACGCUACUUCUAUAUCGAGUGUUAUAAAAGACGAAUUGUAG